AUGAGGAAAUUAGGCUUGGUCACUGCCCUGGGUGUUGUGCUUGGAGCUGCCUUCCAUGGAGUCCUUGCUACUCGGGCCCCUAUCUUUCAACAAGAUGAAGCUCCACAAGUUCCCUCCGCGGGGUUGGUCGACAUUCCUGGCGCACAAGUAACUGCUGGUCAGUUGGUUGCUCUUCCGGGUGCUGAAGCAGAGACAUCGGGGAUGAUUAUGACCCUUUCUUCAUCAAGCGCAACGAAGCCUAUCGGAAGCAUCCAAAGCUACCACAUCGUGUCUUCUGCAGCUCCCAGCUUCGGGGUUAUAGCGAACUCAAGUGCAAGCACAUUACUAGCAUUACCUUCCAGCUCUGCUUCAAUCCAGUACUUUCAUACCAUCAGUGCAGGCGCAGGCGCGGUAGUGACAGCUACCUCGCCGAUGUUCGCGAACAAGUCCACUUCGGCACUUGUAGCUAGUACCACUCGAGCUCCAGUUAUUAUUGCGUCGACAACACUUGGGGGGUUCUCCAACGGCACUGCCACCACUGCUGCGGCCACCAUCAUAGUUGUUUCUCCUGGCUCGGAGUCAGCCGGGCUCAUUGCACUGCCCACCGGUGGCUCAGUCGCAACUGGAAAUACCGAAACGCUGCUCUCCGAUACCUUGGUUAAUUCGAGCAGCAGCGGCGGCGGCAGCAGCAGCUCUAACGCUACUGCGAUAGAAGUGCCGCCUUCCGGAGCGACAGGCGGAUUACGUGAAAUUCCAGGUGUACAAACGACCCCGGGCUCGCUGGUGCUGGUAUCGUCUGGGGUUGCAAGCCCUACGGCCGUAGCAACGGCUGGUGGCGCAUCAGUAAAUAGCACCCUACCAUCGUUUGGUUUUAGUGCUGCCACAACGUUGAGCGUAGAUACGAUAAUGACAGUGCUGGUGAUGGGAGUUGUAGGGAUCUUUACGACUUUGUUUUGGUGCUUCAAGCAACGUACUGAAGACAGCGAUUACAUUUACAUGGAGCCUCCAACCACAGGCAUCAAGCGCCCUUGGCGCCCUUGGGAAGUUGUAAGCCAACAGGGAGAAUUCAACAACGACUCAACUAUCUCAUAUAUAUACCCCUAUAAGAAAACCCGCACGAAUCCAAAUCUAGACAUACGAACUGGUGCGCACACCUUAAACUCCGAAGAUGCUACCGUUGUUGAACCGAUACCCUCAAGCCCGACAAUGCUCUCGGAUACACUCCCACCGCCUCUCACCAACAUGAAACAAUAUUCUGAAUGGGGGACAAUGGGAUACACCGAAUGGCCAUACCAAAGCAUUGCCGAAUAUGGACAAGGGGACUAUUACGCUAGCAGAGAAGAAAACACCGCCUCAAGUCAAUAUUUAUAUGCCCACAGUGGAGGCAAUGACAACGAAAGCAAAAUCUACGGGACUCCUAGUCUCUCGGACGAAAUACACUCGCAACCCGAUAACGAGACCCUAAACAAUGCACUUUCUUCGAAAUAUUCGCCCGUGGCUUGCAGUACCACUGAAGACGAUUCUGUCAUGGCAAUAGAGAGUCCUAAAAGACCUUUCUAUGAUACUUGCUUUGGCGUGCUUAUCCUUGAAGACUCCCAGCUUAAUUCCAGAUCGGUAAAAAGCAAUCGAGCGAAAGGCGUCAAGCUUAAAGUGGACGAUACUAAGGUAACAAUCCGAGAUGCGAAGUCAGGCUCGGAUUUAGGACUACUUAGUCAUGCAUCGGCCCAAGUCCUGGCUAACUUGGUCAAAAGCUACAAUGUAGAACUAAAGGCAUCAUUGAUGGUCUCCAAAAUCAUCGAGGUUACUAUUUACGGGCAGUUUGAACAAGGCGAUGCCAUUGGAAAUAUGCUUCUAGAUUAUGAUUACUUCCUCCAACAACCGGACAUCUAUGACGCCUCGCGACCAUAUAAAAACCCCCAAUGCCUUUCCUAUCCUGACAAAGAAGAGGAAACGUUUCAAGAAGACGUUGGAUAUCUUCCAUCGCGACAUACCAUCUUGGACGAAAGCGGAAAGAAUAAGGCCAACGAACUGCUAGACUGCGCGAUUGGGCCUGUAAAUUUUAAGAGAGUACAGGCCUCAAGAGUGAUCACAACACAAUUAAAGUCGUAUCAAAUCAAAGCUCUGGCUAUGAUGAUGGAGAAGGAAUCAGGAAACAUCCAAAAUGCGGAAUUUCCUUCCGUUUGGGUCGAAAAUAUUGAUGCAACGCUUCCUUUCUCUAGAUUCUAUAACACGGUGACUCAAAGCUACGUUUAUCAGAGACCCAAGCUCUGUCUUGGCGGUCUUCUCGCAGAUGAGAUGGGACUCGGGAAAACCCUUACUGCCCUGGCCCUCAUUGCAACGUCUUUGAAUAACGAGCGGGGCAAUUGCCAAGGGUCACGUAUAAGUUUGAUAGUUUGUCCUCUGUCAACUAUUUUUCAGUGGGAGGAUCAGAUAAAAAAGCAUUUCAAGGAAGGGUCCCUAACCUACAGCAUCUACCAUGGUUCGGCGAGAGACCAAGCUGCUACAAAUCUCGAAACACUCGAUAUAGUAUUUACGACAUAUGGAACUCUUAGGGCUGAGUUACCUGGUGGGAAUGCUUCGAUGAAACGAUCUGCUCUUCUUCACGGCAUUGACUGGCAUCGAGUUAUUCUCGACGAGGCGCAUGUUGUGAGAAACCGCUCUUCGAAGACCUUUCAAGUGGUGAGGAUGCUCAAAGCCAAACAUCGCUGGUGUCUAACGGGCACACCUAUCCAAAACCGUUUAGAAGACUUGGGCGCUCUCGUCGAGUUUCUAAGAAUUUACCCAUUCAACGAUCCCGAUGUAUUCAAGCACACGUUUUUGGCACCGAUCGACCAAGGACAGCAGAGCGGAUGGGAGCGACUUAGGUCACUAAUCAAAUCGAUCGCCCUCCGCCGAACAAAAGCAACAGUUGACACCGACCUCAAUCUUCCUCCUCGGAGAGUCCUCAUCCACCAUGUUCAUUUAAAUUAUGAGGAGCAGACAUUGUACGACUUGGUAAAAAGGAAAUUUGCGCUAGCCAUCAAGUCAGGAGAAGUAAUCAUGAACACAUUCCAGUUUAUUCUACGGCUUCGGCAGAUCUGUAACCACGGUAGCGGCCUGCUUCCUGGAGAUCUACAGGAUUGGCUCCAAGAUGUGGCUUAUUCGCAAUAUCAAAAGUGCGAAUUUUGUGACAAGCUUCUUGAGCAUGAAGACGAAACGUCUUAUGAUAUAUUUCCAUGUUUCCAUAUGGUAUGUCAGGUAUGCCUCCAAAGCGGCAAUGUCCAUGAUGAUAAUGGUUUAUCCACUUGCCCUCUGUGUAAUAAUACCACCGCCUUCGAGGAAGAUGAGAAUAUGACCCCGACGAGAGGACCUAGUGUCCGUCCGGAGAUAUAUAACCCCUCGUCAAAAGUGAAGGCUCUACUGCAAAACCUACACAACGACCAUACAGCAGCAGUUAAAUCCGGCCAGCUACCAGAGAAGAGUAUUAUAUUUUCGGUAUGGACAGGCAUGUUGGAUCUUAUUGGUAGAGCGCUAUCCGAAACCUCCUUUACGUACCAAAGGCUUGAUGGAAGUAAGAGUCUAGCGCAGAGGCGUUAUGCUCUUGAGGAAUUCCGCACGAAAGAGGACUGCACUAUAUUACUUGCUUCCCUGGGGAGCGCUGCAGUCGGACUUGACUUAACCAUGGCAAGUCGCGUGCACUUAAUGGAACCCGGAUGGAAUCCCCUGAUAGAACAGCAAGCGAUGGAUCGCGUUUACCGUUUAGGACAGAAUAAAGAGGUUAUAAUCAGACGCUAUAUUGUGUCUGGCUCUCAUUCGAUCGAACAGUAUAUUCGGCAAAGACAACUGUGGAAGACAAGUCUUGUUACAUCUUCCCUAGACCAUUCCAAGACUAGCAAGGACGAAGCGAGAGCCAUACUGGAGGAUCUCAAAUGCACUAUUUUAUCUUAG